GUUUUCAUUGUUUUGGCUUUUGUUUUGAUUUCACUCAUUUCAAUUUUGAAAUACUGGAGCCACAGCUUUUUUAUGGGGACCUACAAUUCCGCUUGGAUGUUUCGCAUUUUUGUAACGUGAUUUUAUAGUUUUGUCCGGGGGAGGACCGGAGGAGUAGUAGGGCUUAAAGUUGACGCAGAGAACUUGCGCGACAAGAUCUAACAAGCUGAUUCGUUUAAACCUUACAGGCCUUGCGGCCCUUGCUUGAAUUAUUUUGAUAACUGCUGAGGAGCUUUGUAAUUUUUUCUUUGCAAUGGAGGAAAUGUAUAAAAACAGCGUUCCCAGUUCCUCGUCCAAAUGGAGUGCAUCUUCCCCGUUCCGUUCUCCAGUCUCAUACCAUACUCGGCGCAACAGGCAGAACCAAGAAGAAAGUCCGUUGACAUUUGGCACUCCCGCUCGGCCUCCAAAAUUCAACCACGAGAGUAUGCAAUCCGCCGCAGCCAUUGCGUCGGCCUUGAAAGACGGUUAUGCCAGUAUGCCAUCCAUUCCUUUUGCGCUGAUCGAGGAAAACCGAUCCUCCCCAAUGAAUCGUAUACAGCAUCAGCUGAAACAGGCGCACGGGCGAAUUGGACUGCUGGAACGAGAAUUGACCGAGUUAGAGCAGCAGUAUGAUGAAAAAGGUAACGAACUGGAAAAAUGCCGUGCCGAGUUGAAGGAAAAUUCUGUCCGCUUGCGCGAGACUACAUCCAGUCGCGACGCUUUUAAGCGUUGCACCGAGGAGCUCAGUCAGCGCACGGGAGAGCUGGAAAAGAACAAAGAGGCACUGGAAAGCAAGUUGGCCGAACUGGAAGAAAAAUGUCGAAAAGAGAAGAACGCGUUAAGCCGGCAGAUUCAGCACUUGGCUAGCGUAAAUCAACAGUUGCAAACGGAUUUCGACAAGCAGACCGAAACACUCAAAAGAGGCAAAGAGAAGCAAAAGGCUAUGUCGGCUACAAUGGAGAGCUUGCAGAAAGGACUGGAUGCACUGAGUGCGGAAGGCUAUAAAUUGAAAGAUGAGAAAGCCUUUUUGGAAAACAGCGUUAUUAAUUCACGGGCAGUGUUUGAUGCCAAGGAAGCUACACUGCGGGAGGAAAUGGAGCGGCUUCGCGAUGAACUGAAUAGCGCCAACCAUUGUCUGCUACACUUAGGAAAUACUCUCGCUUUGCAAAAAAUGGAGCUCGAAUCGGCAGUGGCUGAACUCAGUGAAUCUCGCGAAGCCCAGCAACAUCUCGAAGAAUCGCUGGCUGCCAAAUCGGAAGAGUGUGGCGUUAUUCAGGAUUUGAUAAGCACAUUGCAGUCGAAAUGUGAUAAAGCUGACCAGGAGUUAAUGGAGUUGCAAAAUCUUCGGAAUGAACUUACUGAAAAGGAUAAACUGCUGCUUUCGGUCAAAGAAGAAGUUCUCGUGAACAAAAAGAAUUUUAGCGAUGUUCGCGGAAAUUUGGCAGCGCUUAAUGAGGAACUUGCUACUCGUGACAAGGAACUAGAGGAACUGCAUCAGCUCAAUGAAGUUUUGACUUCCAACUUGUCGGAAAAAUCAGCGCUCUUCGAUGAGAUUCAGGCGUCGUAUGCUGAGAAGAACGCUGCUCACGAAGAGAUGCAGAUAAAAUACGCGGAAUCCUUGGCUGAAGCUGACGAACUGGCAAAACAAGUGGAUAUGAUCAAAGGAAACACGGAAGCCGAAAUGAAGCACUCAGCUGGUUGGAAAGAACAGUUGGAUUUGCUGUCCAAACAAAAAACGGAUUUGGAACUGAAAUACAAAGUGCUGGAAGAGCGCUAUGACCACAAGAUAUCCACUCUUACGGACACGAUUUUACAGCAGAUAAAUGAAAAAGAUUGCCUUCGCGAAAAGCUAUCCCGUGCUCAAGAUCAGAUUGCCGCGCUAAUGACGCUCACUAUGAAACCAGAGGUCACCGAUCGUGGAACGCAGUAUGUAAACGAAGCUUACAAUGACGACGAUUCUUUCAGUAUUCCGAUUUUUGACAAUACUUCUACCCAGUUGCCUCCUUCCCCACUACCAUCGGUUCAGGGCUCUGACUGGCCGAGAACUGCUCUGUCAGCUUUUCCUCCCGCAGUCGAAGCCGACUCAGACAUGGUUUCCACUAUUAUUCCAAUUUCCAUCACUGUUCCCAAUCCGGUGAUGAACUCGCCCGUACUCCUUGCUAAAAAUUCGCCAAACGGUUUUGUUCCAAAGGAACCAGUCAGUUUGCCACCUUUCCGUUAUAACCAGUCCGCUGCUGAUCGCCGCCGGGAAUUAGAGCAACGAAAUGCGAAAUUCGCACCACAUUUGCGAUCUUUCUAUCCGGGUGAGGCCACCUUGUUGCACCCUGAAAUGGACAGCGAGUCACCGGAUAGUACGAGUUACGAUUCGUUGUCCAGUAUUCCAUCGUUGUAG